AUGAUUGGAAUAUGGAAUGUUAUGGGAGUUUAUGUGUGUCAUUUCAUUACGGUUCCAGUCCAAGGAUUGUGGGUGGCAUACAUGAUUUGCGUUAUUGGCUCAGCACCUAUCUAUCAGGCAUUCUUUAGCGCAUCACGAUUCCUACAGGAUUAUGCCGAAUCAGUACGAAAAACGUAUAUUCGGGAGAACGAACGUUUGGAGAAGCUUCGCUAUGUGCACCGAAGAAUGGCUGAGCUUGAGGAUAGUACACAGGAUGAUCUAAGUGAAGAUAUACUGGGCCCUUCGCAGGGCUCAGCUUCCAUUACCCCUGGUGCUGCCACUCCUAACCCUAUAACGCCAUCAGAGAAACCGAGUGAUAGCGUCGGAGGUGCUGGAGAGACCCCGAAGAAGAGUGAUUUCUCGAAAGAGAUGGCUUUGGAAGGAAAGGAGACUAGUUUCUCGAAGGAGACGGACGCGAAGAAAAAGUGA